AUGUCGCAGCUGUCCGUAGUGCUAGCGACAGCGGGUUACGACCACACGAUCCGGUUUUGGGAAGCCACGUCGGGUCAAUGCUACCGCACGAUUCAGUACGCCGAAUCACAGGUGAACCGCAUGGAGAUCAUGCCGGAUAAGAGGUUCCUGGCUGCUGCAGGCAACCCGCACAUCCGCCUCUUCCAAAUCGACUCCAACCAGCCACAGCCGGUGAUGAGCUACGACGGCCACACCAACAAUGUGACAGCGGUGGGGUUUCAGUGCGACGGCAGGUGGAUGUAUUCGGGCUCAGAGGACGGCACCGUCAAGAUCUGGGACCUCAGAGCGCCGCCCUUGUACCAGAGGGACUACGAGAGCCGCGCAGCGGUGAACACGGUGGUGCUGCACCCCAACCAGACGGAGCUCAUCUCGGGCGACCAGAACGGCAACAUCCGCGUGUGGGACCUCACUGCCAACGCGUGCAGCUGCGAACUGGUGCCUGAGGUGGACACUGCGAUAAGGUCCGUGGCAGUGAUGUGGGACGGCAGCAUGGUCGUGGCAGCCAACAACAAGGGCACCUGCUUUGUCUGGCGCCUCACCUCAGGCUCUCAGACGGCAGCGAGCUUUGAGCCGCUGCACAAGCUGCAGGCGCACAACAGCUACGUGCUCAAGUGCCUGCUCUCGCCCGAAUUCUCCGACCCCAACAGAUACCUCGCUACAGCAUCAGCAGAUGGCACAGUGAAGAUAUGGAAUGCAGAUGGGUUUACCUUGGAGAGAACACUCACAGGCCAUGCCAGAUGGGUGUGGGACUGUGUGUUUUCCAUUGAUGGGGCCUACCUCGUCUCAG